UUUUUUUCCAAAAAUGUGCUAAUCCCUGUCAGUUGUCUCGGUUGCUGUUAGGCUAUGUGAUCUGUCCCUAACUCCAUUCUCUAUUUUUGUGCUUCCUUGUGCUGCCAAGCCCCUGACGUAAUGCUUCGUGUUAAUUAUUAGCAUGUGGAAAGCAAUGCCGAGACUCGCCUCUGGUAAAACAAGAGUAGCUUAACUGUAGGGAGAAUAGUUAGUCAAGAUGGCAAAACACACAGAUCCGGAGUGAAGGGGCACCGCUCCCCACAAUUGUGUACUUUGUUGCUGCGUCCUGCGACCGACACAACCGAUACAACUGUGCCUAGAAGUCUAAGGGGGAUCCCUGUGGAAAAUGGCAACAAGGGUAACGCUGGUGUGACAGCGCAGAGUGCAGGAAGAAAGCUGACUCUCCCGUCUGACUGUUAACCCCCGCCCUUUGGCAGAUGCACCAAGGAGAGCACCUUGCUCCCCUCAAGCUGAAGCUACACUUGCAAUGCUAAAAGCCCGGAUGAUGUUAUGCCACUUGAACUGAGCACACCUACUGCUGUCCACUCAACAUCAACAACAGAAACGGGCAAAGAGAAGAGCACAACCAACCCGAGAAAGCGAGAGGAACACAACACAAGCUUUGACAAAAGUUCAACCACCACAGCACCAAGACCUCCGUUAACCUAAUUCUCUCGUGACACCAGGGGGGGGUCACUCUAACUGGUUUCCCCGUUCUGCUUCGUGCCUGUCCCCCAGACCAUGAUGUUUCGCGACCAGGUGGGUGUCCUGGGAAGCUGGUUUAAGGGAUGGAACGAGUGUGAGCAGACGGUGGCUCUGCUGUCGCUGCUGAAGCGGGUGUCGCGGACCCAGGCCCGCUUCCUGCAGCUGUGUCUGGAGCACAGCCUGGCCGAGUGCACCGAGCUUCACGUGUUGGAGGGGGAAGCCAAUAACCCAGUGGUGAUCAGCCAGUGGCAGGGCGAGCCCAAGGAGCGUGUCAUCUCCCUGGUCCUCACCCACCUGCCCCUGCUCAAGCCGGGCAACGUCGAAGCCAAGGGCGAGUACAUGCGCCUCCUCCCCCGCAUCCUGGCGCACACCAUCGACCACGGCCGCCACCUCGAAGAGUCACGCCAACUCCUCUCCUAUGCCCUCAUCCACCCGGCCACCUCGCUGGACGACCGCGCCGCCCUCGCCCUCUGGCUCAACCACCUGGAGGAGCGCGCCGCUGCCCGGGGCGACUCGUUGGAACGGCCACCCCCCGCCCCGGCCUCACUCCAUCAGACGCCCCCCUCGACACACUCCUUGUCAGGGUCCAGUUGGAGUUCCUCAGGGAGCCACCUGGGUCAGCUGUACCACCACCAGCGCUACGGCUCGGAUGAUAGGCUCAACGGCUGGCAGGGGUCCAGGGACUCGGGAUUGGGCAGUGGUUGGCACCAACAGCAGCAGGGGCAUGGAGGGUGUGAGAAUGGCGGGCACCUGGCGCUCUACCCGUCCUCGUCGGUGCCUGGGAGUAUCAACACGGUUGGCACGGGCGGCAGCAUCCUGUCCGGCGGUGGCGGCGGGCAGCACAGUCCCCUGAAGCGCUCGGUGUCCCUCACCCCCCCGAUGAGCGGCAGCUCCUUGGCCAGUUCCUCCUCCUCGUCGGGCGGCCAAGCCCUGGGCCUGGGUCUGGGUCAUGGUUGGCUCUCCCAGGAGGACCUGCGCGGUCCCCGGGGAGGGGGAGGAGGAGGAGGAGGAGGGGGGCUGGGGCUGGCCCCCAGCGACCCUCACCACGCUCCCCUCUCCCCUCAGAGCAGCGUAGCGUCGUCGGGCAGCGGCUGCAGUGAGCACCUGGAGGAUGGAGGAGGCUUGCACCGCAGCAGCACAUUCCACGAGGAGGGCAGCUGCAUGAGGGUCUUUCCCUUAGAUUAUUGUCCAGGCGUGGCGCAAAGGCCCCCAAAGCAACACCCAGGCCCUCUGGGGACCAACCGAGUUGGGCAGGGGGGCCUGCCCCAGCUUUACAAUGAUGUGCCAGCCUGGCUGAAAAGCCUCCGUCUCCACAAGUAUGCAGCGCUCUUCUCCACCAUGACGUAUGACGAGAUGAUGUCACUGACCGAACAGCAGCUGGAAUCACAGAAUGUCACCAAAGGGGCACGGCACAAGAUAGUGAUCAGCAUUCAGAAACUGAAGGAGCGUCAGAAAAUGCUGCGUUGCCUAGAGAAGGAUGUGUUGGAGGGCGGUAACCUGCGUGGCCCUCUCGCCGAGCUCCAACAGAUGAUCCUGACGCCCAUCAAGGCGGUGGCCAGCGACGAGUCGUCCCCCAGCUCGCCCUCCUCGACCGCACACAGGCCCCUGUUGAGCCCAGAGGGGAAUAGCAGCGCCGGCCCGGGUGGAGGGGAGGGGGAGACGGGGACCACCCUCAUCGCUGAGGGGGACAUCCCCGGCCAGUUCACCCGCGUCAUGGGCAAAGUUUGCACACAGCUCCUGGUGUCUAGGCCGGACGAAGAGAACAUCAGCUCCUACCUGCAGCUCAUUGACAAGUGCCUUCUUCACGAGGCAUUCACGGAGACGCAGAAGAAGCGGCUGUUGUCGUGGAAACAACAGGUGCAGAAGCUGAUCCGUUCGUUCCCCAGGAAGGCCCUCUUGGACAUGGCCGGCUACCGGGCGCAGAGGAGCAGCAGCAGCAGUAGCCGGGGCUUCAGCCAGUCCAAUUCUCUCCCCACGGCGGGCUGCGUGGGGGGCAGCAGCAGCGUGUCGGCAGCCCGUCGCAGCCUGCGCCAGUUCCAGAUGCCCUCGCGGAGCCUGCCCGGCGCCAGGCUGGGCCUGCUGGGACCCACGCCACAUAGCGCCAGCAGCACCCCCACUGGCCUCAAGCAGGGACGACAGGGUCUGUGGUUCGCCAACCCCGGGGGCAGUAACAGCAUGCCCAGCCGAACCCACAGCUCGGUGCAGAGGACCCGUUCCCUGCCUGUCCACACCACGCCACACACCAUGGUUAUGUUCCAGCAGUCCGAUCUCCAGGUGCCGGUGACUGAACCAGACAUCAACAACCGGCUGGAGUCUCUGUGUCUGAGUAUGACGGAACACGCUCUGGGAGAUGGAGUCGACCGCACAUCCACCAUCUGAGAGGAGGACCUGAAGGAGACCAGGAGAGACUGAGCUGGUCCCAGGAGGCUCGCCGAACACCCAAAGUCCCCCUACCCACACCCCCCCCCCACCCCACCUGCCCAUCAGGCGCCCCCACGGCCAAUGGGAGAGGUCAACCGGGGGGGUGGGCCAGCUCCAAAUCACUCCAAGAUUAGCCAGUCUGUGAAAAACUGCUAACACCGCAGCAAAUUGGCAUGUUACCAUCUCGACAAAACGCAGCUAUGCCCCAGCACCCUCAUAAGAAUCUGGGCUUCAGUGACAGAUAAGAUAGGCAGUACAGACUCCUCUCCUCACAGUGUCGCCCGCAGUAUAACUAUCCACAACAGUGCACUCUGCCGGGCUGUGGGAGAUAUACUGUAGUAUCACUUGGGUCGGCAUCAGCCAACAACCGAAUGGCCCUGGGGUCUGUUAAAAUGGGGGGGGUUGUGCAUUAUGGGUACUGUAGUACAUCGUGUUACAGAGUUCCAGACUCUGUUCCCUUCUCUACCCUCAGUCCCAGUUACAGACCAGUAACACAAUUCCCACACCAGUUCACACCAGUCAGCAUUUCUCCCGGUGUCACUGAGCCAAAAACAAACAAGCCAAGUAAACAAUGUGCAACACUUUGUAAGAGAAGCCUUGGCUUUUCCUCCCACUGUUUGGGAGAGUUUUAAGGAGGCCAUUCUUCAAAAGGCUUGGGAGAACCCUAUGCUCUGAAUAGGUGACAGAAAAAAAGCAUUUAUACAUGUAUGUAUUGUUUACACAAGAUGCUACUAUCAAGGGUACCCAAACAUUUAUACAUUUCAGGUAUGAAUAUUAUCUCUUGAUAUUUUUUUUUAUAACUUUUUGUAAAGCAGUGACAUACUACCCAUACUAGUCGCUUUAUAGACUAACGUCUCACAGUAGCUAUCACUAUUACCACGGACUUAUUCAUUGUUUCGUUUUUUUUUGCUUUUUGUUCCUUUACCAGGAGCCAAACUGUGUGAAAGAGAACGCUAAAAAGAGAGAGGGAUGCGGCGGAGGUGUGUAGAAGGAAAAGAGAGGCAUGAGGAGAGAUGGGAGGAGGGGAAAUGAAAGUGGAGAGACACAGGAUGGUCUCGGCUAAGUGAUUUGGAAGGAGAAGAGGACUUUAGCCAUGAUGGAUUCAUGUCAGGGGCAGGGACUUUGAUUUGAAACAAGACAGAGGAAAAUAGCCUAGCAGAGUUACGGUAAAGUUCAGGGUAAACUCAACUUUUACACCGGCCAAUGACAUAUUAUAUAUACAAUACUGUGUAGAUGAUGUUAAUGUUGUAAAAAUAUAUAUGUUUUACCUUUAUUUAACUGGUUAAGUCAGUUCAGAACAAAUUCUUAUUUUCAAUGAAGGCCUAGGAACACUGGGUUAACUGCCUUGUUCAGGGGCAGAACAACAGAUUUUUACCUUGUCAGCUCGGGGAUUUGAACCUGCAACAUUUCGGUUACUAGCCCAACGCUCUAACCACUAGGCUACCCUGACUAUUGUAGCUGGAAAAAGCUGAUUUUUAAUGGAAUAUCUACAUAGGUGUACAGAAGCCCAUUAUCAGCAACCAUCACUCCUGUGUUCCAAUGGCACGUUGUGUUAGCUAAUCCAAGUUUAUCAUUUCAAAAGGCUAAUUGAUCAUUAGAAAACCCUUUUGCAAUUAUGUUAGCGCAGCUGAAAACUGUUGUUCUGAUUAAAGAAGCAAUACAACUGGCCUUCUUUAGACUAGUUGAGUAUCUGGAGCAUCAGUAUUUGUGGGUUCGAUUACAGGCUCAAAAUGGCCAGAAACAAAGAACUUUCUUCUGAAACUCGUCAGUCUAUUCUUGUUCUGAGAAAUUGCCAAGAAACUGAAGAUCUCGUACAACGCUGUGUACUACUCCCUUCACAGAACAGCGCAAACUGGCUCUAACCAGAAUAGAAAGAGGAGUGGGGGCCCCGGUGCACAACUGAGCAAGAGGACAGGUACAUUAGAGUGUCUAGUUCGAGAGACAGACGCCUCACAAGUCCUCAACUGGCAGCUUCAUUAAAUAGUACCCGCAAACACCAGUCUCAACGUCAACAGUGAAGAGGCGACUCCGGGAUGCUGGCCUUCUAGGCAGAGUUCCUCUGUCCAGUGUCUGUGUUCUUUUGCCCAUCUUAAUCUUUUCUUUUUAUUAUCCAGUCUGAGAUAUGGCUUUUUCUUUGCAACUCUGCCUAGAAGACCAGCAUCCCGGAGUCGCCUCUUCACUGUUGAUGUUGAGACUGGUGUUUUUAUCGGGUACUAUUUAAUGAAGCCGCCAGUUGAGAACUUGUGAGGCCUUUCCAGCUACAAUAUUCAUUUACAACAUUAACAAUGUCUACACUGUAUUUCUGAUCAAUUUGAUGAUAUUUUAAUGGACAAAAAAAUGUGCUCUUCUUUCAAGAACAAGGACAUUUCUAAAUGACCCCAAACUUUUGAACGGUAGUGUGUAUGUAUUUAUUUAUUUUUAUUUUAGCCUUUGUACCUGCAGACUAUGCAUUGAAAGUUGCUGUUCAUUUGCUUGGGCUUUGUCUGGAGCGAAGUUCCUGUAACAGGUGCACAACGUUGUGUGACCUAGUCUAUAAUUAGGGCUAGUCAGUGUGGGUCUGGAGUAUUUUCAAUGGGUCUUGUUGUGAACUAGAAUGAGGAUCACUUGUUUGUUUUCAGUCCAGGGUAGAUGAUAUAGCGCUGCAUGUUGUAUGCUAUAUGCUCCCAAUCUUACUAGGAAGUAAAAGACGGUCAAAGAUGUUCUGAAUCGAGGAGGAAGGAGAGAAUGCUAACCAGGGAUCUAUACAGAGGACAGGAGAAUCAGGAGGUAGCCAUAGUGAAUGAGAAGGUUGCUGAGGAGGUUUCCUUUCCCUCGAGCAGCAUAGCAAGGGUUUAAAAGUAGUUUUACUCCCCGAGAUUGCUCUCUUUUUAGUACUUACCUCCACCUGGUGGCCAAAAGCAGUUACCGACAGCCAGGCACUUUGAUUUCUUGUUGUUUUUUAGUCUUUAUAUGUAUCCUCUGUUCGUUGUUAUCUGCAUGACAGACUAUAAGGGUAGGUUAAUGUUAAAAUAAGCUCUUAAAAGUUUAGUUAUAACAGUUUGGCUCUGUAUGGGUUUUUUGUGCAUGGAAGGUCAUGCUGAUGUUUUUUGCCUGAAUGGGCAUCCUGGUUGGUUUUUCCCAAGUUGGAUUCAAUUUGGAGCCAUUCAAAAUGGUGUUUUUGUGAGGGUUAUUUUGUUUAAAAAAAUGUUAUUCUUAAAAAGUCUUGUUUUCUUGUUCUGCACUUGGUGCCGUGCUAUUUUACUACAGCUAAUCCAUCAAUAACAAUUCCAAUAGGUGCAGCAAUAGAAAUGCCAAGUAUGUGCCAUAGACCGUCCUCAGUGGGGAGAAGCAAAGGUUUGGAAAGGGAAAGUUCCGGGUUUUGCAGUUCAGAGAAAGGGAGGUGAACUCGAGUAGUGAGAUGAAACAAGCUUCGUGCCAAAUGCACCCUUUCUCUGCCACAAGAACUACAGCCCACUCCCCUAGUGCACAUUGAACUGAAGUUCUUAGACUGAACCAUAUUGUCAAAAGGUAAGGUUGACGACUGACGACCUCACCCCGUCAAACCUGUAACCUGUUAUUGACAAAAUGUCACUGACUUUUCAGUCAGCCAAACGUCACUGCUGCAGGAAGUGUGCUCACUAAAAAACGCAUUGGCCUUAACUGGGAAGGUGAAUGGUGCAUGAAUUGGCAUGGACCCUUUUGUGGCAUGGCUUGGAAAAUAUUUAGUGGCAGCAUACAGUAUGCAUUGUUACACCGAUGCAACGUGCAUCAGUGGAUACACAGUACAUGGUAGUUAGAGCCACUUGUCACUGCCAUGUGAAUCAAUACUAUUAUCAGAUUCAAAUCAUUAUUUAUUAUUGAUUUUUUUUUUCUAUUACUGUUGCGGAGUUGAUUAUUGUAUUCAUUUAGAUGUAUUAUUUAAAGUACCAUAUGUAUUAACUUACUAUGGCUGGUGACCAUAAGUACAUCUCAAAUAAUAGUUAUUCUUCUUUUGAACUACAUUAUAAUCGCAAAUUGUUGUCUUUGAUAGUGGAGGAAAGACACACAACCGGUGUCUUCUUGGGAUUUGUGUGUUUUUUUUUUCUGACGCUUUGUGAAAUGCUUAUUAUAUCCUGGUUGGCCAAAUGACUGAAUACUGCGUGUGCUCUUUUAUAGAAAUGUUACACCUCGAUGCUCUGUUCGCAAAGUUCCCUUUUUGAUCCAGCCACCAGCAAAACAAACUGGAUACGAGGGCGACAACCCUUUUGACACAUUGCCAAGAGACGUGGUUCAUCUGGGGUUAUUUGUGUGGGAUAAGGCCCUUGCUACUUUGUCGGCUAAUAGACUUUGGCUAUGAGUAUUGAAGGUCCAGGGCUAGCCAUAUGGGAAUGGCCGACCAGUGCCUACUAAGCUAACCACCACCUGUGUGGUUCUUGAUGACAUCACAGUGGAAGGCUAAGCUAAGUAGCCCAUCCAUAAGAUUGGCAACAACUGCAGGGCAGGGGAUAGAGCAUGCUAGGUUGGGAUGUACACACUCACAAGUGCCCAUGAGGUUGUGUGUUUGCAUGUAGUGUACACUACAGUAUGUGCCUAUGAGAGAGUGAUGAGGCAGUAAACAGAAGAGGAGUCAAUGUCGUUCAUAUAUUACUGCAGCCGUGGAUCAGACUUUGACUCCUCCGGAAGCUACUCAGAGUUGUAUUUUUUUUAUUUUCCAAAGUGCAUCCAAACUCUAUAGGGCUCCUCCCCUCUGAGAUGAGAGAGAGCUGCUGUACACACUGCAGUAUUAACAGUUAGAUGAUAAUAUUCCAAAUAUAUUCUUUUUCUUUUUAGUGUAAAUGAAGACUUGACGCUUUCUUUCUUUUUUUUUACUCUGUUUUUUUUUGUCGUAGACGCUGCACAUUAGUUAAAUAUCGCUUAAUUAUUCGAUGGCGAGGUUUUUUUGGGGGGGGGGGGUGAAUACUCAAUCAUCCACUGUAACAAAGGUUCUACCACGUUACUGUGCUUUUCAUUUGUUUUGUUUUUGUUAUCAAAGAGCCAAUAUCCUGUAUUGACUGCAGGCUUACAUAUAUAUUUUAAAAAAUUGUUUAUGUUUAAGAAUAAAACUCAACAGCCCCCCCUCCAAAAAGAAGAGGGGGGGGGGGAGUCAUUUUAGAAAUGCAUGCACAAGGCUGGGAAGUCAUAUUUUGAAUAACAAAUGGCAGUGCCUUUUUUGUACUCGAGACAUUUACCCCAAAUGUAAAUUAUUUUCUAUGGACUUUAGAAAAUGGUAACAGUAUUACAUGAAGCAACCCAGUUAGAGCUGUGUUGACAGUUACAAUGGUGGCAUCCUCCAAACUGCAUACGAGCUCCUCUAGGACACUUUGAAACUUGUCUUGUUGCUGUCGCGUUUUCAGACAAAAACAAUAUGGAAGCCUUGUGUUGUCAGCAUAUUUUUUGGUUUCUGUACUCUAGGUACUUUUCAAUGCUGAUAUGAAGUUAUGAAUUGUACCUGUCUGUACAACAAACCGAUGUAUAUGUUGCGUGUGAGAAAGAGUGUGCAUGCGCGUCAUGCUGUAACUGUAAAAUACAUCUUCUCCAAAUGUACCAGAAAUGCUGCGACAUGACAUGGCCCGAUCCAAUGGAGGCUGCUGUUAUUCGGCCCUGAUGCCCGGCCAAAAGCCUGUCUCAGGUUCUGUGUUCCUGUAACUUGGCUACUUGCGUCGGGCAGGGUUUGGCUAGUGAGCGGAAGUGUAGAUGGUCAUCUGUCCUGUUCUACAUGGAUCUAUGGAGAGUCCUCUGUGUAAAUGUAUUUGCGUGUUUGUUUUUGUCUAUGGGAGAGUGGUUGCCAUGUAGUCAGAAUGGGAGAGCUGUUAAGUGUGUGAGUGAAAGAUACUGAAUGUUUUGUUUUGUGGCGUCUGUGUUAAAAUGCUUGACGUCUUUGUGAUAACCACAGACAAAAAAAAAAGUAUUAAAGAAUAACUUGUAAAAUU